GGAGACAAUUACAAGACUGAAAACAAGAAAUUUCAGUCAUCUUCAAUAAAUUUCAUUAGAUAGUGGUGUGAUUCGAAUUGUUAUUUGUCAAAAUGGAGGCACCGGAGUCAGGACAAAAUCCGGUCAUUACAAAAUUAUAGUGUGCCACCAAUAAAAUGAUCCAAAAUCAAUAAAUGAUAAAGACAGAAAGAGGUUCAUUAUUUUAAAAUCCUCGAAAGUGAAUAUUCAUGUCUGGUGCAUCGUGAAAAAUGUCACUGUAAUUUUUCUCCGGCACCGCCACUGGCAACCUUUCACCGUUCAUCGCAGGCGGGAGAGUUCAUAUUGUGUUCUGGGGACCACCGAGACAGAGUGGUCGAAGACUCCAAACACGAAGGAAUAUGCAGUCUGGCUGUCAAUGCCCGCGUUUUAUACAUAGGAUCGCGACAUUUUGAACUACACGUGCGUGAAAUAGCGUGACACGCGCCACAGUGAAUUUCAUUUCCUGACGAUGCCAGUGCGACUUUUUCAAAAAACAUGAAAAAAUAUUCCGUGGUGAAGUUUUGUGCAACUGAAUAUACCUGAAUUUUUGGAAGACAAUUGACCGAUCAUGGAGACCCAUCUCCAGCACAGGGACAAGGUGGGUGUUCAAGAUGCUGUUCUUUUGGAAGACUACACCAGCGAAACUGCUUUUGUCGAAAAUCUUGAGAAGAGGUUUAAAGAGAAUAUAAUUUAUACGUACAUUGGGCAAGUACUAAUUUCAGUAAACCCUUACAAACAGUUGGAUAUUUAUGGACCCAAAGACGUUAAGGCUUAUUAUAAUAAGCACUUCUUUGAAGUUCCGCCUCAUGUAUUUGCGAUAACAGACACUGCCUUCAGGUCGUUAAAAAACGAAAACAGGGAACAAUGCAUUUUAAUUUCUGGCGAAUCAGGUUCUGGGAAGACUGAAGCAUCAAAAAAGAUACUCCAAUACAUUGCUGAAAUCACCGACCAUCGAGGAGACGUUGAAAGGGUCAAAGACAAGCUUCUUAAAUCAAAUCCGGUUUUGGAAGCUUUCGGAAACGCAAAAACUAAUCGCAAUGACAAUUCUAGUCGUUUUGGUAAAUACAUGGACGUACAAUUUAAUUAUGAAGGCAAUCCUUCUGGCGGAAAUAUCCUAAACUAUCUACUAGAAAAGUCCCGGGUUAUCAGUCAAGUUCCUGGCGAAAGAAAUUUUCACAUUUUUUAUCAAAUACUUUCCGGUGCUGAUGAACAAGAAUUGCAAAGACUUAACUUAAAACGGGAUUUAGAUUCGUACUAUUACAUUUCCAAUGGAGCCAAGAGAAACGGCGCAUCAGUUGACGACGAAAAAGGCUACCGUGAUGUCAAAAACGCACUAACAGUAAUUGAGUUUGAUCAAAAAGAACAAGACGAAAUUUUUGCUAUUACAGCGGCUAUUCUACAUUUGGGAAAUAUCGGAUUUUCGGAGGAUAACGGAGUUUCCACAAUUAUUAAACCGGAAAUCGUCGAAACUGUCAGCAGGCUUCUUGGAUGCAGUCUCGAAGAUUUGAAAAAUGCCCUGACAAAUCGCACAAUUGAAACAAUUAGAGACGUCGUAACGACUCCGUUAACCCGCGAAUUGGCGAUUUAUGCACGUGACGCUUUGGCAAAAGCGGUCUAUGAUCGACUUUUCACUUGGCUGGUCCACAGACUCAACACUUCCCUCAAACCGCAUGACAAGAGGACCUACAGCGUAAUGGGCAUUUUGGAUAUUUAUGGCUUCGAAAUUUUCGAAAAGAACAGUUUUGAGCAGCUGUGUAUCAAUUUCUGUAACGAAAAGUUGCAACAACUUUUCAUAGAAUUGACUCUCAAGUCGGAACAGGAGGAAUAUUUGAAAGAGGGUAUCGAGUGGCAGAAUGUUGAGUAUUUUGAUAAUAAAGUUAUCUGCGAUUUAAUCGAGGAAAAACAUAAAGGGCUUAUCGCUUUUAUGGACGAAGAGUGCCUCCGACCCGGGGAUUCCUCCGACAUGACAAUGUUAAAUAAAUUAGAUAAGAACUUGAGUUACCACAACCACUUUAUCAGCCAUAAAAAAGCUGACAUUAAAUUACAAAAAAUUAUGGGCCGAGAUGAAUUCCGCUUAAUUCACUAUGCUGGUGCUGUGACGUACAAUGUUAAAGGUUUCCUCGAGAAAAACAACGACUUGCUCUUCCGCGACUUGAGGGAAACCAUGUCAAAAUCUUCCAACAAUAUUAUCCAAUCAGUUUUCUUGAAAGAGGAACAACAAAGCAAAAGGCGCCCCAUUACUGCCAUUACUCAAUUUAAAAAUUCACUAAACAAUUUAAUGCACAUUUUGAUGGAUAAGGAACCGUCGUAUAUUAGGUGCAUCAAACCUAACGGCGAUAAAAGAUCAGGAGUCUUUGAUGAGGAAUUGGUACGGCACCAAGUGACAUACUUGGGACUUAUGGAAAAUUUAAGGGUUCGUCGAGCCGGUUUUGCCUAUCGACGCGAAUACAGCCUUUUCCUCGAGAGGUAUAAAUGUCUAUCAAAACAAACUUGGCCCAAAUACGUCGGAAACCCAAAAGAUGGUGUCCAAAUUCUAGUCUGUGCCCUUGGAUACGAAGCCGACGAGUACAAAAUGGGCAAAACAAAAAUUUUCAUCCGCUACCCCAAAACCCUCUUCUACACCGAAGACGCCUUCCAAGCUAAAAAACACGACUUGGCUGCCAUAAUCCAAGCCGCUUGGAAAGGUCUAGUCCAACGACGAAAGUACAAAAAAAUGAAAGAGGCUUCCAUAAUUAUGCAAAAAUAUGUGCGAAUGUUCAUUGCAAAAUGUCGCGCUAGGAAGCGCAGAAGGGCCGCCAAUGUCUUGCGAAACUUCAUCAAAGGAUUUAUCACACGAAAUGGACCUGCAACUGAGGAAAACAAAGCGUUUUUGGAGUUGGCUAAAGCCCAGUGGUUGAUACGCCUGUCGAAAAACUUGCCCCGAGAUAUUCUGAACCGUACGUGGCCCCCAUGUCCACAUAUCUGCAUCGAAGCGUCGCAACACUUGGAGCGCCUUUAUGGGGCUCACAUGUCUCGGGUGUACCGACUCAAGUUAACCCCAGAGAGAGAAGAGCAGCUGAGACUUAAAGUCCUCGCCGAAAAAUUGUUUAAAAAUAAAAAGAAGAGUUAUCAAGCGAGUGUUUCUCAGUGGUUCAAGACGGAUCGAGUGACCGAAUUCGGUGUGACGAAACAGAGCUACGCUCAGGUCUUAAAUGGGGAGCGAGAACAGUAUGUUACCACAGUCAUGAAAUACGACAGGCAUGGUUACAAGCCUCGCCAACGCGUCGUUUUGAUUACCACCAAAAAUUUCUACGUUAUCGAAGUGAAAAAUAAUUCAUCGGCUAAACAAAAGCACUGUUUGCCUUUGUCCAAACUGAACUUUGUCGUGACGCCAAAUAAUGAUAAGAUGUUGCUGGUGAGAAUUCCGGAAGAUUUGUUGAAGAAAGACAAAGGCGAUUUAAUUCUGGAAGUUCCCCAUUUAAUCGAAACUGUAACUUAUAUCAUAAAUGUGACAAAUAAUCCAGCUCUGUUGACCAUUAUUGAUAAAUCACCGAUUCAACACUCCAUGAAGCAAGGCAAACGGGGAACUAUUGAUGUUAUUGUUGGGAACUCUGAAAGUAUACAUAAAGAUAAAAGCGGUCAUUUGAUUGUGGCUUCUUCAUAAUUCUUAGACCAAUACUGAAUUCAGUGCCUUAAUUGGUGAAAUAGAAGUAAUAAUCAUAUUUAUGUAAAAAGUGCCAUUACAAAGAUACUUGUGUACUUAUAACUUUACGCUGCAUUUUCAUUAUACAUGUUUACAUAUAUUUAUUGUGGGCCUUAGUAUAUUAAAUUAAGUACUAAUAAUAUAAACAUACAAACAAUAU